AAUAGUUUUAAUUUAUAGAAAAUAUAUGUUGAUGUUUAAUUUUGUAGAAAAUAUUUUCAGGGUCCAGCCUCUCUAAUAAUAGAUUUGUGGCUCCGCCAAUGAAUAUUAUCAUACUUAACAUCUAUUCGUGUAUAAAAUAAUUAGGUUAGAAUAAGAUGGUCAUGUAGUAAGCUAAGGUAGCUGGGAAUUGCUUACCAUACACUUCUCUUGGAACUGGAACCUCCAAACGCCAAGAAACUCAAACAAGACUGUAUGCAGCCCCGUUUCGUCGGCGAACAUGGAGGUGGAAUUGAGUUUCGGAUAUUCGUUUGAGUUUUCUCUUUUCGGCCUGGAAAGCUUUGUGGACAAGUACAAGACGAUGGAGAUUAGCGCAGAGGAAGAAGAACUGGAUCUGAAUAAAGCUGAUGUUGAAGUUGUGGUGGAUGAACGGUGGGCGCGUCGCCCUCCUGAGCCGCCGCCAUGGAGUGCAAGUAAAUCUAGGGUUUGGAAGAAGAUGGAUGAAUUCAUUUUUAAUUUCGUUUUAUUCAGUUUGUGUUUUUCUGUCGAAUUGCUUGUUGUUUGGUUCAGUUUUGUUUUUUUGUUUUUGCUUUAUUCCUGUUUGUAAGACGUUGUUUUUGGAUGUGGGGGAUGAGAGGAAUAUGAUGACCGUUUUUUGCUUUUGGUUUCCCACUUAUGGAUCAGCGAAUUAUAUUGCUUCUCUGGAGGUGAUUAAUUCUGAGUCUGGUUCGCGGGAUAACGGUUGUCAGAUUUAUUUUUGUCAUUUGACUCAUACUCUGAAUUAUCUGUUAUCAAUGUAAGCCGAAU